CUUGACAAGAUCAUAGGCGAUUCCAGAUGCUGUACCCCUGAUAUAAUGGAAGAGCUUGAAAGAUAUGUAGAAAGUUACAAAUAAACUAGAAGAAAGAAGCCAAGAGAUUAUCAAUCCGGUCCAAAAAGAGUUGAAGAAUAGCGAUAUGAGGAAAGAUCUCUUAAUAAAAUCUGAAAAAAUACUCAGAAAGCUCAAGAAGAGACAUAAGGAGUUCAUUGAAUCUUAUGUGUAUACAGAAACAUCCAUAAAUCUGUACAAGGGCCUCAACUGCAGCUAUUAUUUUGGAUUAGACCAGCACGAGAGGAUCCUAACUUUGCUCGGAGUCCCUGUAGAAAUCCAUGGAAUAAGAGCACAUAGGGAUGUACUACACGAUUUAUUUGAAAGAGUUGAGAAAUGUGAAGAAGAAGAAAAGAAGCUAAAAGAGACUUAUCAAGAAGAUAAGAAUGAAAGUGUUAACUACAGUGGUUUCUCAAGAAAAGAUAAUAAACAAAGUUACAGAGAUGAUGAAGAAUGCAAAGAUUUAGAAUCAUGCUUCGAUGUCUGCAGCAAUAUUGACAGCCUUAAUGAAACCCAAUCGUUUAUUUCUCAAAAUGAACUCUCUGAAGAAGUUCUUGAGAAGAAGAACGCCAAAAUCGCAAAACUUAGAGAAAAGAAUAUCUUACUGAGAGAAAAGCUCAGGAGCCAGAAAGAGCAGAUAAGGCAGAACGAAGCCUUACAAAAACAAAUAGAAAGUCUCAAGGAAGAAAAAGAUAGAGUGUAUAAACGUCUCAGACAAGCUGAGGAAACUGAGAGAUACCAAUCUAGCCAAAUCGACAGGCUUAGCACAACCCUAGAGAUGAAAGAUAAAACUAUUUCCCAACUCAGGUUCGAAAACCAGCAGAAAGAUCCAAGCCCUAAAAAGAACCAGAACUUAGCUCAAGACGAUAGUAAUGAAAAAGAUGAAAUGCUACUUUCCCUGGCCAAGAUCUUAAGCUUAGGAGAUGCUGAGUCUUCUCAAAAUUCUUCUCUGAUACCACAAAAUUUAGCUGGAAGGGACUCAGAAGUCUUUAGAAAGGGUUCGAAGACUCACAGAUCUAAAAAAAUAGUAGACCCCAAAGAAGAAUCUAAAGAAGAGACCAAAGAAAGCUCUAUUUUCUCAUUUUCUUCUUCUCAAGAAAGCAGCAGAUCCCCUUCCCCUCAAAAAGACUCCCUCGACAUAGAUAACCUCAAUACCCCUGAAGAAAUAGAAUCUGUUCUAACUUCAAACAAACCCCUCACCGACGACCAAAGAUUCGACCUCAUGACAAAACUCACAAUCCUCAAAACCAAGAAAGGCUACCUCGCUUCCCUUCCCAAAUAACCCACAGAACCCAAAUAUCCCUCCCUAACAUUCCU